AUGCCUUCUCUCUGUGCAGUUGCAUGUGCUCUCCCUCUCUGUCUCGGCAGUUGCUCGUGCUCUCUCUGUCUCGGCAGUUACUCUACUCCUGGGCUCUGUCUUUUGAAGAUCAUUGAUGAUAAGAAGCAAUGGUGGAAGGUCCGUAGUUCCAGUGGUUCUUCUGGUUUUGUGCCAAACAACAUCCUGGGAAUGGUGAAGGCUGAAGAGUCGUCAUUGGCCCGUUCAGAUCCAGUCUACAGCCAAACUAUCCAGAAACAGAAGUCAGAGAAUGUCCAAAAGCAAGGAGACCCAGUCUUGUCAGCUCCCACCCCACCUCCACACCCUAUUCCCUCCCCUCUCUCUAUCCCGACAUCCAAGUCCUGUCCAUCUGGAAGUCUGAUCAGUCGCCAGAGCAGCACAUCCAGCGAUAGUGGGGGCAGCAGUGUGCGAGACCACCGGAGGGACAGACCCAUUGAUCGCAGGAAGUCUCAGAUGGAGGAGGUUCAGGAUGAAUUGGUGCAGAGACUCACUAUUGGACGCAGCGCAGCCCAGAAGAAAUUCGCUGUACCACGCCAAAACACGACGGCGGUCAACAUUUCAUACAGUUCAUCCACAGAAGAUGUGAAAUCAUGGCUGCAAGCAAAGGGAUUCAGUUCUGUGACUGUCACUAGUCUUGGUGUGCUAACUGGCGCUCAGCUUUUUUCCCUCACCAAGGAUGAAUUAAAGACAGUCUGUCCAGAGGGACCAAGGGUUUACAACCAGGUGACACUUCAGAAAGCUACUCUAGAGGAAAUCAAUGGAGCUCUGAACUGCAGGAAAUCAUGAAAAAACGCCAAGAAAGGAUUAAUGCUGCUGCCAGCGAUUCUGGUGUAGAGUCAUUUGAUGAAGGAAACAAUCACUGA